AUUUCAGCAUAUGACAACGAUUCAUUGAGUUGGGACAGGAAGAAUUUACUUCAAGGGAUAUAUGAUUGUGACUGUUUGUUGACCGAAUGAUUAGUUGACCUCAAUAUUGAUUAAAUCUACCAAUGCAAGCAUUAUGUUCUAUACAUGAGUUUAACAAAGUUCUUUCAUAGUGGAAUGUGUGAUUUAAAUAUUUAUUAGUAAGGUGAUUUCAGAAGCUAUAACUUAGAUCGCGUUUCACCGAUUUCCAAUAUAAAAAGAACAUUAUCUACGCUUGAUACAAAUUUGUCCAAACCUUAACAUCAAGUGCACUGAACAUAAGAUAACCAACGCAGUAAACUGAAGAUCACAUAGUUUCAGUCUUUCGGUAACAAUUGAUAACACUACAGUGGUGAACGCGGAAGGUUAAACAAAUAAAACGAUACGAUGAAUAACCAGAAAGAGGAGAGUAAAUUUGGAAAGCCACAACCGAAUGAUUCACAUGGAGAUUCCGAAAAUGGGCAAGCCCAUGAUAUUGACGUAAUGCGAUCAUAUGAUUCUGAUAUUGGGAAUAUUGGAGAUCGAUCAACGGAAAUCCGAGAAAAAGAAUAUAAAGAGUUAGCGAUUGAUUUUAAUCAGUCAGUUAGUGACAUAAACAGAACAGAAAACAGUCAAGAGCAUAAAAUGACCAAAGAAGAAAAGAUAGACAACCGGGGAUCUGAAGAGGGAGACGAAGGAAUAAUAUAUAAUCAACCUAUUGAGAGAGAAAGUAUGGGUCUUGAAAGUGACUUACCAGAAGAAGACGAAAUUAUUGGCGAGGACCAGCCCGAUGGCAUUAAAAAGAUUAUGAGAAAGGCUGCAAAGGCAAUAGCAUGCGGACUUAAACCAAAAACAAAAGACGAAGAUAAGACGCCAUAUAGUCAACAUUUCAAAGACAGAUAUGCCGUCUCUCCAGAAACUGGUUCGAUGGAAUCAAACUUUGAAAGAGGAAUGCCUCCAACUGAUACAGGACAAGAAUUCGACGAAAGGCUUAGCUACCGCAGAGCAGUAUCGGCAGGAACCGUCCAAAGGAUGAAAGAAACACACAUAAAAAGCAGCCAGCAUACUUCACACACAGUUCCAGUAGCUCUGAAUGAAAUUGAAAUGUAUGAGCCACACGCAAGCAACACACAUAUUCCUCAACCAAGUGAGACUCCUACAAUGGCUGAUGAUGAUUCCGAGGAUGUGUACAAUUUUAACCAUCCUACGCGUGGAUAUAUGGUAAUUAUUGUGAAUGACAGAUUUAAACAUCAACCAUUUAGAGAUGGUGCAGAGUGUGAUUUAAGACAUAUGAAAGAAAUGGCAAGAAAACUCGGUUAUAGGAUACAAAAUACCCAUUUUUGUAAAAAUCUUACACAAUUUGAAACGAUCGGUGUGCUAAAAAAUGCCAAAACAGCAGAUCAUAGCCAAUGCGAUAGCUUUGCUCUCAUGAUCAGUACACACGGACUUGAGCAGCCGAACAGUAAAGCCAGAGGGAAGAUGGACCAUGCCCUCGUUUGUGCAGACGACAAGAUGAUUUUCACAAGCACAAUUACAGAGAUGUUCAAUGAUGAAAAUUGUCCAACACUGAAAGGGAAACCAAAACUGUUCUUCAUCCAGGCUUGCAGAGGAGAAAACCUAGAUUCUGGAAGCACUAUACGCAUUUUAGGACCAGAGAGUACCGCAGAUAAGAAACGAGGAAAGUCUACAGAUCCACAUGAUCACCCACGUCAUCCAUCAUUGGACGAGUCAGACGUGACAGGACGUGGAGACACUUGGGCUGCCUCCUCAUCCUGUGGUCUCUGGAGUCCGCCUAUCAUCCAGACAAUAAACAUCCCACAUAUUCAUCAAGUGACGGAACACGUCCCGACUAUAGCGCCGUCCAUGACAGAACCGUUGAAACACCAUGACAAAGUGUCAGUCGGCCAUACAUCUCGUCAUCUUCCAAGAGCGCCUGAGGUCAAACCCUUCCCAAUUGUUGACACUCCUUCACUACAAUGUGAGAACGAUCAGCUUGUGUUCUUUGCCAUUCCACCCGGUAUGUUCGCCUGGAGGAACACUGUCGACGGAUCAUGGAUGAUCUCUUACAUGUACACACUUCUGAUGUCUCUUAAAGCUACUCGACCCAUCAAUCUUCUGUCCCUCCUUACAAAAGUAUCCGCCCGGAUGGCAUCAAGGACAACCAAUGUGCCUUCCAACUGGAAACUUCAUGAAAAGAUGGCGAUCUCUGUGAUUGAGCACAGACUCACAAAGGACGUUAUUUUCACACAAAAAGCGCCAAUGUCAUCAUGGCAACGCGAUGAAAGAAAUCAUCCAUUAUUUUAUUAAUGUGAACAUGAGCCAUGUGACUGGUUAUAUACAUUUAUAGCUGUAGAUAGUAACAGGGUGUUUGUUACUUUACGAAAAAACAUAUACUUAUGGAUGAUGCAAUUUUUCGGAGGGUAAUCUAUAAUAAAAUGUCAAUAUAUUGCCGCUUUUCAGCAAUGUUAUGCUGUGACACAAGAGCCAAAAUACGUGUUAAAGUCAUUUAACUCGGGGAAAUAUUGCAAACAUGAUUUUAUAUAAAAUUCUGUUGAUGAUUUUUUAUCAACUUUAGACACGUAUAACUAUAUUUUUAAAGAGUACUUAGUACAUGUGUUUUUAUUUUAUUCAUUUAGUAACAACAUUUAAAAUGCUGUUAGAUUUGCUCAUUUUCGUAAUGUGUUCUUAUAUUGUAAGGGUACGCAGUGUUUAUUUCUUAUUUUAUUAUCUUUUUUUAGACUUUACAUAACAAAACUAUUUCUAACUUACUGAUUUCAAUAAAGAAUAAAUCUGUU